AUGGCCUCGAAAAGGUUGCAGCAGGAGUCUUUCCGAAAGCGGAAGAACAACUUCCUCCGUCGCGGACACGAGAUAAGCGACCGGUACAACGUAGGGGUGUGGCUGUGCAUCCAGAAGAGCAACGGCCAGCUGUACAUCUACAACUCAGAUCCAGCACGGCGAGACUGGCCGCCGUCCUCCACACAGCUUGAAACAACGUAUCCAGUGCCUAUCAUAAAGACGAGCGAGGACUUCCUCUCCAAGGCGCCACCCCUCAAGAAAUCACCACCAGCUACAAAGAACGCUUCUCUGCCUGGAUAUCUGUCUAGACCUCCCAUUCCCGAGUAUGCUCAGGAGGAGGUCUUCUCGGGUCGGCUGCUAGAGAGACGCAGGGACGGAGGGGCGUAG